AUGCCAAAAGUGCGUCAUGCAUUAGUCUCAUCCUCGUCCUCGUCCUCAAGCAGCAGUGGUGCCUUGGCCACCCAACUUGAUGUCUCUUCAUCCUCUAGUACUGGUAGCUCUUCGACUUCUUUGGUCUCAAGCAGUGAUUCAUCAGGCUCCGAAUCCACUGCUAUGACACCAGCAGCAGGGAGCUAUGUGCCACGACGACGCAGUGAAUUCGACUCGUCCUCAAGCAGUGAUGACUAUUCAGACCCACAUUCCUCUCCAGCCCAGACGGCAACAAGCCCAGAUGGCAACGACAGGCCAGGAAAUGACGCCGAAGGAAUGGGGGCGAUAAAUGACCCGGAUCUGAAACGACUCCGAGAGCAGUACAAAGAAAAGAUCCGUAUGUUCGAACGUUUGGAUCUAAAGGGAUACUUGGAUGCCUCUGAAGGCCCAAGCAAAGAUGCAUUGCAAUAUGGAUAUGAUGCUGAUUCCAUGAAUUUGGCUACACAAAAUUUACCGGAUAUUGGUUUCUUGAGGCAGUCAGGUUUUCAUUUCAAAAAAGCGAGCGCAAAUAACAAACCGUACCGCGCCCGGGGUGGUGUCAGAAAGAGCAGGAAGAGCAGGACAGGCGGGCUCAGACCAUCAAAGGGUGAUGUUGUCAUGAAAGGCCCAACCCCAUUGGAUCAAUUCCCUUCUUUCACCAUCGGGAAGAUUUAUUUCAAUGGAAUAUCAAUGUAUUUGUCGGUUCACGUGCUUAUGGAAACAGCAGUUGGUCAAUCUUGUCACCAAGACAUCAUAAAUACAUGGAAUGCCGUUAAUAGGUGGGCAUAUGGCUGUUCCAAAAGAAGCAUUUUACAUCUUCACAGAAACGAAAAACUGGGCCUUGAUUUUGGUGAUGACGAUAUGAAUAGUACUGUCAACCUUUACCGCCUUGUUGCUUCUGGGUCGUAUGGAUUUGGGGAGGCUGGUGAAAAAGAUCAAGGGAUAGAGUCGAUUAGCGCUUCGGUCACAUCACUGCAUCUAGCUUUGGUUUGGUUUCUUCUUGGGGCUAUUGCCGAUGCUGAAUUCGAAUUGGAAGAGACUGAUGAGGACUCUGCCCAUGCACUGUACUAUUGUUCUGUUUUCCUUCUGCAGGGUGCUGGAUUCAAACAUAAGUGGAGAGAGCGCUUAGGAGACAAGGAUAGCGUCCAGCGCAAAUGUGAUUUCUGUCCCAUCCAACAGCGAGUAGAAUGCAAUGAUUGGGUACGAGGUAAGGUCGUGGAGACCCAUGAAUUAGCCAAAAGGCGCUUCUUCCGGCAGGACGUUUCGUAUCAUGCAUCAACACGUUGUGCAAUUGAUAUUGCGGUUAUUGUCCACUGCAAAGGGGAUUGGCAGGUCCUUCCUUGUGGAAAGUUGGCAAAGUUAACAAUUGCAGAGGCAGUGAAAACAAGGGCAAGUGCAGCCCAACAAAUAUUCGAUAAAGUAGAUGAUGAAGAUGAGUAUGGUGAUGAGGAGGAUGAUGAUUAUGAUGAUUAUGGUGAUUAUGGUGAUUAUGGUGAUUAUGAUGGUGAUGGUGAUGAUGAUGAUGAUGAUGAUGAUGAUGAUGAUGAUGAUGAUGAUGAUGAUGAUGAUGAUGAUGAUGAUGAUGAUGAUAAUUUGUUUUGUGACCUUGCUCUUCUUGAGCGAGUGGCCUUGUUAGAAGGUCGGAUACAAUUUCCAAAGUUUGGGACAACUGGGGAGUUUGGUGGCUGUCAAAUCAAGCGUGAUACACUGGCAAUGAACGCAACUUCGACAGAUACAUACCAGCCGGAUGAGGAUGAUGACCAUCAAAGCGUGGACAUUGAUUAUGCGGCACAGAAUCCACGAGCUGCAACAAUAAUUCAGUUCUAUUUGCUUUUCGAGAUUAAGUAUUAA